AUGACCGCCGCAGUCCAAUCACAGCUGGUCAGGGGCGGGCCGAAGGGCCCACUGGGCCAACUGGAGGCUAGUGCGGUUUCGAGGCUGCAAGACCCGCCGUUGGAACCAGAGCUGGGUGAAAAUGCUCCGCCCGUCCUUUUCUCCGCGCGUUGCGCAAGCCCCGACGGCACGGAAGGACUCCAGGCCAAAGGCGGUGGGCUCCACUUCCCGGACCCCGCCUCGACGCUGCUGCCCGCGCCCCUGGCCGACACUCCCGACGGCAGCACGGUCGUCCCCGGACGCGGCGACAUGCCCGAGCUGGUAGUGACGGCUCUACUGGCGCCGUCCCGCCUCACUCUGAAGCUGCUGCGCGCCUUCAUGUGGAGCCUGGUGUUCUCCGCGGCUCUGGUGGCUGCGGCGGUCUACGGCUGCAUUGCGCUCACGCACGUCCUCUGUCGGCCUCGGCGCGGCUGCUGCGGGCUCCCCCGGCGCACCCCACCCGCCUGCUUGAGCGACCCGGCGUUAGGCGAGCACUGCUUUCUGACCCUCAAGAGCUCGGGCCUGCGCCUGCACUAUGUCUCCACUGGAUGCGGCAACGGGCCCCUUAUGCUAUUUCUGCACGGCUUCCCCCAGAACUGGUUCUCCUGGCGCUACCAGCUCCAGGAAUUCCAGAGCCGCUUUCACGUGGUGGCUGUAGACAUGCGUGGAUAUGGCUCCUCCGAUGCACCGAGGGAUGUGGACUCUUACACUAUCGACUUGCUGAUGGCAGAUAUCCAGGAUGUCAUCCUGGGCCUGGGUUACUCCAAGUGUAUCCUUGUGGCCCAUGACUGGGGUGCGCUCCUAGCCUGGAAUUUCUCCAUCUACUACCCAUCUCUGGUUGAGCGGAUGGUGGUGGUCAGUGCUGCUCCCAUGUCAGUGUACCAAGAAUACUCAAUGCGUCACAUUGGCCAGUUCUUCCGUUCCAACUAUGUGUUCCUGUUCCAGCUUCCCUGGCUGCCCGAGAAGUUGCUGUCCAUGUCUGACUUCCAGAUCCUGAAGACCACCCUCACCCACCACAAGAGGGGCAUCCCACACUUGAGCCCCAGUGAGCUUGAGGCCUUCCUUUAUGACUUCUCACAGCCCAGUGGCCUCAUUGGGCCCCUCAAUUACUAUCGAAACAUCUUUAGGAACUUCCCCCUGGAGCCCCAGGAGCUGGCCACACCCACCCUGCUGCUAUGGGGAGAGAAGGACACCUACUUGGAGCAAGGUCUGGUAGGGGCUAUCAGCAGCCGUUUUGUGCCCGGCCGGCUAGAGGCCCACAUCCUGCCAGGUGUGGGGCACUGGAUCCCACAGAGCCACCCUGAGGAAAUGCAUCAAUACAUGUGGGCCUUCUUGCAAGACCUGCUGCACUAGUGGCCCUGCUCACUGGACUGCAUGCACCUGGGAGUCCACACAGCAUACAUAUAUAGCUGGUCUCCUGGAUUAUGCAUAGGUGUGGAACUCCUAGAUCACACACAAGUGCAUCUGUGGGUGCCUUGGGGGCACACCAACUCAUGUAUUCACACUAAGGCAUGAGUGUGCACAUGUGAACAAACACUUUGACCCCAGGAAACCAGGAUGACUCUACUCCAUGGAUCUAAACAUUGAGUGUUCUCUCUCCCUUCCCUGGGACCCCAGUUUUCUUGCCAAAAUUGACCCUCCCCCCAAACCAUAAACUCUGACCUUCCUGUCCCUGGCUUCUACCUCCAGCCUGGGUCUUCACCUAAUUGCAGCUUUGCCCAAUACA